AAUUCUUCACAUACUGAAAUUGAUGGAGUGCAAACUUAUUUUGAGCUUCAGGUUUAGAAAGAUUUUGCCCCUCCCUGUCUGAUUUUCUUUGCCUUGCACACACACACACACUGCAGGUAAACAGCAAUCACGCUCACCUUUCAAACAUGCCAAGGAGUCAGUGCGCCCUCGUGUGAUAAUCGACAGAAACUGCAGGAUGGGAUUGGCAUGGAAGUGUUGAGCAAGGUGUGUGUGUGGGUGUGUGUGAGGAGGGUGACGCACUUAUUGAGGCAUAAAAAGAGAAACAAAACCCUCCACACUGAAAAACCUGAGCAGACUUGAAGAGACAAAGCUCCAUUGCCAAGAUCAAACCAAACAGUAUGGCUACAGACAAGAAAAAGAGCAUUUUAAGAGAAGGAUUCCUGGUGAAAAGGGGUCAUCUUGUGCACAAUUGGAAGGCACGUUGGUUCGUGUUGAUGCCGGACAAGCUGCUGUAUUACAAGUACGAAGGAGGCAAAAGGGACUCGUGCCAGCGAGGAAAGAUCCUACUGAAGGACUGUGAAAUAACGUGUCCUUUUCUGGAGCAUGAAAAUCGUCCGCUGGUGUUCAAGCUCCAGACAAAGAAUGGGGAGGAUCAUUUUUUGGAGGCUUGUUCCCGGGAGGAGAGAGAUGACUGGGCCGCUGACAUCACCGCUGCCGUCGACAAGCUGCAGACGUCCGGAGGCGAGAAGGCGACAAACCAGGAAGAUCCCCCUGAAUCCCAGUUAAACAACAUAAAUCUGAGCAAAGUGUUGGACUCCAUGUAUGACGUCCACAGUGGCAUCAAGAUGAGCAACCAUGUGGAGCAGGGUAACACGUACAGCAACUGUUUCUCAGGCUCAGCGGUGGUGGACUGGUUGGUGUUCAUGCAGCUGGCUCUGACCCGUGUGGAGGCCAUGACGUUGGCCUCAGCCCUGCUGGAGGAGGGUUUCCUGCGCACCAUCGGCCUGAAGAGUGUGGAAGCUCUCCGCACCGCCGGCCUCAGUGAGCAGUUCAUGGACGACUCCACCGCACUGUACAGCUUUUCUGACAGCUUAAAGAAGAGAGGCAGUGUGAAGGCAGAGACGUCGCUGUCUGCGGUGGAGCUGAGUGGAAAAGUGAUAAAGAGAGGAUAUCUACUUAAACAGGGGCACAGAAGGAAGAACUGGAAGGUGCGACUGUUCGUGCUGCGUUCAGAGCCGGCUUUCCUUCACUAUUUUGAUCCCACUAAGGACGACAUCAGCCCCGCUGGAGGCUUCUCGCUGCGAGGCUGUCUGAUAUCUUCUCUGAACGAUAACGGAGUUCCCUCAGGCGUGAAAGGAAACAUCCAAGGCAACUUGUUUAAAAUCAUCACUCAGUCCGACACGCAUUACUUCAUCCAGGCUCCGACCCACCAGGACAAGAUGGACUGGAUAGAUGCGAUUAGAGAGCAGACAUAGAGCACAGGGCUAAAACUUGAAUUUAUCCUGAUUCAUCCAGCCAUCAACACGUCUGAAUUUACACAUUCCAUGAAUGUAUACUGUAGCAACAAACUGGGAACACGCAAUCAGAUGAUUACAUAACAUUUCUGUUCAUGUCACUGCUUUCAGCUGGAUUAGUCUGUGUGUUUUAAAGCUCGUGUGAGGAGAAUUUAAAGUGUUUUAAAAGCCCAACAGUUGUAACAAAAUGUCUUGUAAUCUGUCAGUUUAAGUUAAAGGAUUUUUAUGUAUUUCACCAGAUUUUUUUCAUUAAUAAACUGAGUAGUUUUGACUUCAUUUUCCCAUGUUUUGAUUGUGUGCACACUGUUCAAUCCUUUUUGUCACUGCUGCUCUUUUAUCAUCUCAAAAGACGUUUUUGAUUUUACAGCUGCAAAUUAAAUUAACGUAAAUGAAUUCAUCCCAUUUCAGUGGAUCAUACAUCAAAUUAUUGUCACAUACUGCUGGAAGGAAUGGGAUAUAAUAAUCUAUUAUCCCUACUGGUUUUAUAUUCAUAGUUUCACAUUGUAAUAUGGCCAUAAAACAGGUUGUACAGUUUGUGCUUUAAAAAGUCAUAAAUCGAACUUGGUGAACCCUGUAAAAGCCUUGAGGGGAGUCUUUUUACAUGGUUUUAUGUGGUACAUUUACUAGGAUCUGAUUCCUGAAGGAAGUACAAGCAGAGACAAGAACAGCCUCAGGAUGUAUUCGUCACAAUCAUCAAGUUCUAGCUCAGACCGGCUGCUCCCAGCGAUCACAGACUGGCACUCCCACUCAGCAAGCUGAGUCAAGCUUUUAUCUGAAUGACUCAAGCUGAGCUGGUGUUGGUUUACGGCCCUCUUACUGUGAAAUCACAAGUGACACAAUACCUCUGUGAUAUAUACGAUAAUACAGGGGUUGGAUUUGGAGUGAAUCCAAGUCGUAGUUAGUUGAAAACGACAAACAGA